CAUUUGUUUGUCAAAAACAUUGAACCCCAGAUUCUACAUUGAACAUUUAUGCAUUGCCAGUUGGCACUAACUAACUCACUCCACUCACACCACCGUCGCACCGUUGCAGCGACCUCUCAUCGCGUCGCGCCAGAGCGGUGCGGAGUGGAGUGAAGCGAUCUGAGAAGUCGUUGCGUUCUGUGUUCAAGAUGACUUCUUUCUCUGUAAUUAAAUUUAAAGACGAGACCAAUGGAAGAAUUACUAGUACGGAUUCCGUGAAGCUGCCUGAGACCAACCAGAGAUAUCUACCCAAGUCAUCGAAGGAUUUGCCUGAGGGCGAUGUUAAAGUCAAGUGGCAGAAGAGCUUUGGUUCAGGAAGCUUCUCUGAUGGAUAUUUCGAAGCCGAGCUCCUGGCUCUUGCGGGAAGUGUUAAAACUGCUGAGGCUAAAGCAGCUGAGUUGGGGAUUAAGCUAUACCCAGGUGUCCUUUCUUUGCCUUCUUCAUCCUCUGAUAGCAAACCUACUCGCCAUAAGCGCAGAGAUAUCCGUAAGUCUGAGUCUAUGAACGAGGAAAGCAGCAAUUCUGUUUCGAUGUCUGAGAGGCCUCCGUCAAACUCAUACCCCGACUUCAAGUCCAAGCCAAUGUCCAGUUCUAGAUCAAAGUCUACCGGCAAUGAUAAGAAAUCAAACCCAAAGAAGAGACUGUCUUCGGGCCCAAAGGACAGUGAAAGUGGUGCUUCCAUUAAAAAAAAGAGGUUGAAAUUGAGCCAAACUGCAUUGGAGCGCACUUCAGCUCAAUGCAACUUGGCAGUGUCUACAAACCCAUUGCUUCAGAAGGGAGAUGUAGUUGAUGACAAGUCAGACACUUCGAAUUCAGAGGUGAAUUCUCCUUCCGAAACUCAAGGCUCUCCAAAUCCUCAAGAGAACCCUCCUGGGACGGAAGUAGAAGUGAACACCAAGGUUGAGAAUGAUUGUGGUGGAGAUGGCCAAGAAAUCAAACCAGAGAAGGAUGCUGCUGAGCCGCUUUCAGAGGAUGAAUUGGAUCAGACAGUGAAACUCAAUUCAAGUAUUGAAGAUAUGUCUUCCGCUUCAUCAUCUAGUGAAGAGUCAGAUUCCGCAAGUGAUAGUGGAAGUGGUGAGGAUGAAGUUGCGAGGUUGUCGUCAGAGAAGGAGAAAUUGGAGGAGGAAUUGAGUGAAACUAAAAAGAUCCUUUCUCAAACUAAAAGAGACUUGACACUUGCCAACAAUCUUCGCGUUGCUCAUCGUAAGAAGCAGGGAGAACUAGAAGAAAAAUUAGAGGCUCAAAUGAAGCAAAUCGAGUCUCUGCAGCAGAAAAACCUUAACUUGCAGGACCUGCUCUCUUCUAAGUUUGAUCUCAGGCAAGGAAGGAGUGACAAGUCCGAGAGAGUCAGAAGUUCAAAACGCUCCUCGGCUGAGACCAAAACUCAUCAUUCUUCCAAAGAAAAUUCAGCGGUAAAGGGCAGAAAACACUUGCACUUCUCUACUCCUACCAAGGAAAUGAGUUCUAAUUUCUUCGAUAGGGAAGAUGGUGCAACCCCAAAAUACUCUCCUUUCAAGUCACCUCCCUCAAGCACUCAAAAGCAUGUUGGAGAUUAUUCAAGCCCAAAGGAACCCAAGUUUUCGGAUGACUCUGCACCAAAAAAAUCACCAGCUUCAAGCACUAAAAGUUCUAGAAGUGAAUAUUCUAGCCCACAGAAACCCAGUCAAUUGGAUGCCGCUUGCAAGGAAUCCCCUGCCUCAAGCUCUUGCAACGAUUCCAGCAGCCAGAAAAAGCCCAAAAAAAAGAAAUACCAUGAUGAUAUGACCAACGAUGUCGUCCUAGCAGUGAGUGACUUGGUGCUGAAGCACCUGAAAGGAACUCACGAGCUCCAGGCUGAUGGUCAAGGCUAUGUUGAUUUCGGCUCAGGCAUAAAAAUUGAAAAGGAACCGCUUGAGAGAAUUUUGAAAGAUAGUAAGGGAGAUAUAUCCAAACUUUCCAAGGAGCUCGCAGCGUUGACUUGGAGUUUGCCUCAAAGGCAAAGGCGGUCGCUUACUGGUGGUAAAAACAAUAGAUUUCCAGAUGCCCCUGCCAAAAAAGCAGCAACCCCAUGUAAAGUUAACACAUGCCUGGGUAUUGUUAAGGCCCACUUACUUAAUCAAGGAGACAGGGAAGGGACAGGGAUGGCCGCCAAUCUGAAGGCCUGCAGAAAGGCAAUUGGGGACAAGUUUUCCCAGGAUGGUUCUCAAGCUAAGAGAAGGGACGAGUGAUUGAUGUUCUAGUGCUAUGGACAAUUCCAAUCCUGUAUUUUUUUUUUUAAAUGUGUGACAUCACAAUUUUGUGUUCUUUUUGUUUACCAAUGUCAAUUUGUUUCACUUCUAUUAUUUUUAAUAGUAAAUUGCAAUUACUUUACGUAUGCAAUUAUGUAUUACUUAAGUUUUUGGCAUAAACUCAAGUUUGUAUGCCUAGUUCUAUUUUUUUUAUUUCUUAAGUCUGUAAAGAUGUU